CUUAGGAGAAAGGCAGAGCACAUUAACAGCGAGGACUUAAUCCAGCUGCUUCACCUCGUGUCACCGAUUCGCACUCUGUCUGCAGAAAAAGCAUCCGACUUUGCUGCAGAGAAAACUUUUUCACUGGGAAAGACAAUGACACUCAACGUGACAAUUCGGCGCAACAGCACAACAGUGCAGAACCAGCAACGUUGGAGCAUUCCGGUUGAUGGAAGGAACAUACAUGCCCAAAAAAAUCCCAAUGUCCACCUUAAUAGAAACUACACCAUUAAUCACGCAGUGAGGCCGGAGGAGUACUACAGACGCAGCUGGUCCUCAGACUCAUCAGACUCCGUCAUCUCCUCUGAAUCUGGCAAUACUUACUACCGUGUGGUGCUCAUCGGGGAGCAUGGUGUUGGCAAGUCUACCUUGGCCAGCAUAUUCGCCGGUGUGCCUGAUACUCUGGACAGCGACAUGUUGGGAGAGAACACCUAUGAGAGAACAUUGAUGGUAGACGGAGAAAGUGCAACACUGAUCCUGAUAGACAUGUGGGAGAAUAAGAGUCAGGACAACUGGAUCCACGAUCACUGCAUGCAGGUCGGAGAUGCCUACUUGAUCGUAUAUUCCAUCACAGAUAGAGCCAGCUUUGAAAAAGCCUCCGAGCUUCGUAUACAGCUGCGCCGGGCACGGCAGACAGAAGACAUUCCUAUCAUACUUGUGGGCAACAAGAGCGACCUGGUUCGGUGCCGAGAAGUCUCCAUAUCAGAGGGGAGGGCCUGCGCUGUGGUCUUCGACUGCAAAUUCAUCGAAACGUCGGCUGCCGUCCAGCACAACGUGAAGGAACUGUUCGAAGGGAUUGUGAGACAGGUCCGUUUAAGGAGGGACAGUAAGGAAAAGAAUGAAAAGAGGCUGGCUUACCAGAAAAGGAGAGAAAGUAUCCCAAAGAAGGCCAGAAGGUUCUGGGGGAAGAUUGUGGCCAAAAAAAACAAAAACAUGGCUUUCAAGCUAAAGUCCAAAUCUUGCCAUGACCUUAACGUACUAUAGACCACCGCAAGGACUCUACUACCCACAGACUAUGUUCUCUUGAUGGACAUCACUUGGCUAUUUUGGGAACCAUAAGCAAUCUAUAUUAGAUUGAAUAUUGCCACAAUUUUAUUGUGCUUUCCGCAGCCAUGGUGACCUUUUUUGAAUUGUUUUUUUUUAAGAUGGACAUGAAUUCUAUUUUAAUAUUUAUAUGCAAUAAGGCCCCAUGUGCCUGAUUUUUACUUUGUCUACAUUACAUGUUUUUAUUUUUUUAUUUUUUUGCUUUAUAUUGCCUUUUUUAUUCUCUCUAUGAAUGGUCUAAAUUAGUAAUCUGCAGCCUGUGUUGUUGGAUACAACUUCACCUACAGUAGUUCUUUAAAGGGUACCUCUCAUCAAAUAAACUUUUGAUAUAUUUUAGAUUAAUGAAUGUUGAAUAACUUUCCAAUAGCAUGUUAAUGAAAAAUAUGCUUCUUUCUAU